GUAUCGCUGUGGUGGGCGCCGAGCGAGGCGGGAUGCAGGCGGCCCACGGGCUCUGGGCGACGCUGGCCCUGCUCCUGCUGCCGGCUGGCAGCCGGGCGCUGCGGAACGGGGAGUGCGAGGUGUGUGUCACCUUCCUGGGGAGAUUCUACCAGAGUCUAAAGGACAACAAUGCUGAGUUCACACCCACCAGUAUUGAAAAGGAGCUCAUGAAAUCCUGCAGAGAGGCAAAAGGCAAAGAGAACCGGUUGUGCUAUUAUAUUGGGGCUACAAGUGAUGCAGCCACCAAAAUUAUUAACGAGGUGUCAAAACCCAUGAGUCACCACAUCCCCGUGGAAAAGAUCUGCGAUAAACUGAAGAAGAAAGACAGUCAGAUCUGCGAACUGAAAUACGACAAACAGAUCGACCUGAGCACCGCCGACCUGCGCAAGCUGCGCGUCAAGGAGCUGCGGCGGAUCCUCGACGACUGGGGGGAGGCGUGCAAGGGCUGCGCCGAGAAAACCGACUUCAUCCGCAGGAUCCACGAACUGAUGCCCAAGUACGCGCCGAGGGCGGCGGGCGCUCGCGCCGACCUCUGAGGAGGGGCCGCGCGGGGCGGGC